AAGAUGGUGUAGGGCAUUUGUCAUAUAUUUCUAAGGGAUAAAAAUUGACAUAUCUGCUUUCAGUUCUAAAUUAAAAACAGGGCAUGUCUAAGUCAUCAAGUUCUAGAGAAGGCAUUUAUCCACAAGCAUCAGGAUCUGCCCUCUCUGAUCAGAAAUUAUUUUUAGAUGAAGUCUGUAUAUUCCACUUUGGAGUAAAGCUACAAUCAUAAUUAACUAUGGAAUUGAUGCAUGAUUCGAAAACUCAGCAUGCCUGGGAAAUGACCGAGUUCCACAACUGUCAUACGGACUUGGCAAAACGUAAGGUUUCUAAGCAAAGACCGAAGCAAAGAGCUGCACCAAUCACACGCAGACAGAGGAAAACCCCACUUCCAGUUUUGUUGGCCUGGUUUGUUGCUGUAGCCAUGGGUCUGCGCUUCAUUGUCAUGGUAACAAUGUGGAGUACUAUAGUCAAGAAUUCGUUAUUGAACCAAGAAGUUCCAAUUUCUUUCAAUGGAGAUUACUCUGGCCCGUGUCCACAGGACUGGAUGUUUUAUAGAAAUAACUGCUACUGGUUUUCAAAUGAGAGUAAAUCCUGGAAACAAAGCCAAGCUUCCUGCAUGUCUAAAAAUUCCAGCCUCCUGAAGAUAUAUAGUAGAGUGGACCAGGAUUUCUUUAAAUUGGUGAAGUCCUAUCAUUGGUUAGGACUGACACAAACACCAACAAAUGGAUCUUGGCAUUGGGAAGAUGGCUCCAUGGUCUCCCCUGACAUACUAAGAAUCGUGACAAUGUGUAACAGCAGCUGUGUUGUCUAUGGCUCAAGCUUUAAAGGCUACACAGAAGACUGCUCAGCUGCAAACACAUACAUCUGCAUGAGGAGGAUUGCAUAAGCACCCAGCCAUCCAUCCCAUCAAACAGUGGACAGAGAAAAAACUACAGCAGUAGAAAAACUGGAAUCAGAACAGAGAAAACGGAUGAAAAUAGGACUGUUGGAUUUGGACCCUCUAGGACUAAAUGAUAGAGAUCUUCAUGGGCUGUGAACAUGCCACGUGGCCAAUCACUCCUGAGCCCCUGCCUGCUACUUGGCACGUGUGGCUCAUUGCUUACCUGCCCAUGUCCUA